AUGGCCAAGAUUUGGAACGCGGAUUUGGCCCAUGCAGCGGAAGUCAGGGUGUGGUAUCACCAGUCCAAAGGCAGCUCCAAGGAGUUCAUGUGGCGCAAGGCUCAUGAAGCGAUCUUAGCAGUGGAGAAGGAGAUUCGUCAGUACAGCAGCGGUCGGGUGGUGAACAUGCCCAAACUCAAGGAACGCACCACGCUGCUGGAACUAGAGGCCAUCCUACGGGGAGAGAAACCCAUCGUGCCGCCCGAGAUGCAAGAAGCAGAACCAGUGGAGCGAGACUAUGCACAGCAUCCCUACCUGAAACGCAUGCAGUUUCGCGGCGGUGGCUAUGCCAUUCUGAUGGCCUUACAUUUAAGAUCUGCAAGUGCAAACCUGCGACAGUUCAUGUACAAGUCUGAACUCAUCCAUGACGCGCAGCCGUACUGUGACGUUACCAUGGAGGGUGGCUGGGGCGCAGCCAAUGGUUGGACGUCCAUCCGCUCCUUGUUAUCCCACCGCCUGGUGCUGUCUUCCAAAGGCCCACAGGGCGGGCGCGAGGAGUUUCACCUCACUCCCGAAGGACAGCGCUUCGUGACGGCCAUGCUGCAGCGCUGGGGCGGCGGAGCGCCCGGGAGAGCGGGAGAUGGAGAUGGUGGUGAGGCCGAGAGGAACCCAGCCAUGGUCUCCCCAUCUGCCGCGGCACGGGGCCGUUCGCGCGGCUGUUCGCGCUCACGCGGCGCGCGUCCCCGCUGGGCUGCGCCCACCUUUCGACCUGCGGCGGCGGCGGCGGUGCGGGCGGCCCCGACGCCCUGUAUGGCGAAGCCUGCUGUGCAACAGGAGCUGGAGGAGAUUGAGAUUUCUAGUGAGUCGGAGUCAGCUCGCGACGUGGAAAGUCGAUCUCAAGUGGUGUUGCUGGUGGACGAACGCGAGCGUCUUCGGAACACCGAGCCUCGACGCUUCUUCGAGCGCAUCGAGAGCAUGGCGGCGGCCGGGCGGCGGCGUUUGAAGCUGGGGGACUUUGCGUGGACCUUGUCUGAAGGUCCCAUGGUGGACCUGCUUCUGGAACGGAAACGCAUCGAAGAUCUGGUGGGACGCUCUGCAAAAGGAGAUCACUUGCGGCAACUGCGACGGAUGGAAAGAUCUGGUUUGCGACAUCUGUUCUUCCUGAUCGAGGGGAACCAGAGCCAGGCCAGCAACUGCACGGUGUAUGACACAGAGGAAGCCAAGAGUUUGGAGAGCGCCAUCUAUUGCAAGGAAGACAUUGAUGCAUUCUGUGCGCAGCUGAUUGUUGAUGGCUCCAAGGUUGGUGUUUUGCAAACCAGAGAUUCAGCUGGAACAAUUCGCCUGUUGAAAUCAAUCUCCAACUGGCUCGCUUGGACGCUGGCCGUGCAUCCUGAGAAUCGGUGUUCUGUGUUAACUGGCACCACUCUGCAUCAGUUUGAGAUGGAGCUGCCUGAUGGAAUGUCCACGCAGGACGCCUUGGGAGCCAUGCCGGCGUCGAGAACUGCUCAGAUGGAGGUCAGUCGCCGCCUCUUUCAUCGCCUUCACCAACCUGCGGAUACCUCGACGCUGACCUGGUGCACUAAUGAGUUGCCGGAUCUCUGCGGAGAGCUGGUGAUUUGCGACGGCCAUGUGGAUCCGAUGUCCUUCGUCAUCGUAGAUGGAGGUUUGCUGCUCCACGAGAUCCUCGCCGCCGCGACGCCGCGGCGUUGCGCCGCGGCGGUGGCCGACGCGGCGGCGCGGGCGGUGGCGGCGCAGCUGCCGUCAACAAGGGCAAGGCGUCGCCUAUUGAUUGUGGAGGGCCUUUGCAAAGCAGUGCAGGCUGGAUCUGUUGGGCGGGAGUGGGAUGAGGGCCUUUGCGCGGGGCACCUGUCCUUCUCCACUCCCGCGAUCCUUCCCUGUGCUGAACUUGUGAUUCUGCUGCUGGAUUUGACCUGCUCCUGGCGUACCUUGGCGGCCUUGGCGGCCUUGGCGUCGGGUUGCCGUGUGCAUAACAGCGAAGCCGUAGAGACAACGAAGAGCUUUCUGCAGGCCGUGGGAGGGGUACUGACACCAAAUGCAAUCGCCAAUGAGUUGUUGAAGUUUGGCUGCGAUUUGACAGCCAGUUCCUGCCAAUGUUCAGAUGAAAAGAUGCCCCAGAGAGACGAAUUUCCACAUCUGUCGGAGACAUUGCGCGACCUCGAGCUGGCAGAUGGCGACACCGUGGUGGUGGUGCCUCCCAGGGUGUGGCGUUUUCUCCCAACAAAUCGCUCCAGUUCCAUCGUCAUCGCUGCAGCUGUUCCGCCCCCGUUCCUUGCCACGACACCCGGAGCGGCCGUGCCCAUGGCGUCCGUCCUGGCGGACGGCCGGCAGCUGUGCGUCUUCGCGGACGAUGCGCAGAUGGCCCAGCAGCUGGUGACAGAAGUGACCUCGGCGGCCAAGGAGAACAUCGCCAAGAAGGGCAGUUUCAGCCUGUGCAUCCCUGCGGGCAGCGUGGUGUCGGCACUCUCCGCCUUGUCACCAGAGGCAGUGGACUGGAGUAAGGUGCACAUCUUCUUCACAGGCGAGCGCUUGGGCGUGAACAAGUCCUACACCGCCGCCUUAGACGCCUUCUGUCGCAACUGCAAGAUCCAGCCUCUUUUCAGCUGCGGCACCGGACUGCCGGAGUUUGCGGUGAAGGAGGCAGCGGCGGCGUACACGUGUCUGUUGAAGAACCAUCCAGCCAUCGAUAACUCGGGGCCGAUGCCGUCCUUUGCUCUUUGGCAAUGCGGGGACAUGUUGCUUCUCGGCGUGGGCGACGACGGGCACUGCGGCUCGCUGCACCCGAAGAGCGAACAUAUCAAGGCGGUGGGCGAUGGCACCGUGACCUUUGGGAUUCAUAAGCCGGGGAAGAACCAGAUCGCCAUCUCCAUGGACGUGAUGUGCGCGUCCAAGCAGGUGAUCCUCGCUUGUACCGGCGAAAAGAAGAAGGAUGCCGUGCGCAGGGCGCUUUCAGGCGACUUUGAAAGCCACGACUGCCCGGCUGCCUUGGUAAAGGCUGCAGUGACGACUUGGUAUGUUGACAAAGCGCCUCCAGUAGAUUCGACUGCGGCAACAUCGGCGAUGGCGGCGUUUCGAUGCGUUUCGAUGUUUCAAGCCAACCCGCCGCGAGCUGCGAACGCUGCGAAGCGCAUCACUGGGCUCUUCAAAGGUCUUUGGCAGUGGUUACUCCUUCUGUUUCGCUUUCUUUGGCUACUGCCACGCAUUGUUCUGGCUUAUUUGCUGGAUGCAUGGUACGACCCCUGGAGCCUCGUUCGACCUCGGGCCACGGGCAAUGAGACUCCUGGUCGCCGCAUUCGCGGUGUGGGCAUCACGCCCCAAAUGGUGCGCUAUGCUCCAGGGCAGAAUCCGCGCGGCGAGGACCUCACGGCCCUGUUGUCGCAGGGGCUGCUGGGCAUGUCUCGCUGGAACUUCACCACUGUUCUUCCCAUAGCUUUCGGAUAUCCCGCCGUGGCCUUCUUUUGCCGCGGGCGUGGCCGAGGUGCUGUUGAGGAGAGUUGGCAGGCCAAGAGCAAAAUGGACAAAUCCGAACAGACGGCAGUCAUGCCUCGCAACGCGCGGGAUGGCUUCGACUUUAGUUACAUGAGUAACAAGGAUGACAGCCCAAGUCUCAGUUUCCAGCAUGGGGUGGGAUAUGCAUACCAUAGCGCCAUAGGUCUUGGCUUUAUUGCAGAGGAGGACCGCGUGAAUUGCCCCUUCUAUCUGAAGAUUGGUGCUUGCCGGAAUGGCGAACGAUGCAAUCGCGCCCAUAUAAAGCCCAGCAGUGGACACACCAUCCUCAUUCCGCACAUGUAUCCUUGCAUCCCGGAAGCCAUGCAAGUAGCGAAUGAUGACGAAUGGGACGAUGAAACCUAUGCUCGUCAACAGGAGAAGCUGCGAAGCUGA